AUGGCAUCAGAGGUCCACAUGACAGGCCCAAUGUGCCUCAUUGAGAACACUAAUGGGCGACUGAUGGCGAAUCCAGAAGCUCUGAAGAUCCUGUCUGCCAUUACACAGCCUGUGGUGCCUGUGGUGGUGGUGGCGAUUGUGGGCCUCUACCGCACAGGCAAAUUGAUGAACAAGCUGGCUGGGAAGAAAAAGGGCUUCUCUCUGGGCUCCACAGUGCAGUUUCACACUAAAGGAAUCUGGAUGUGGUGUGUGCCCCAUCCCAAGAAGCCAGGCCACAUCCUAGUUCUGCUGGACACUGAGGGUCUGGGAGAUGUAGAGAAGGGUAACAACCAGAAUGACUCCUGGAUCUUCGCCCUGGACGUCCUCCUGAGCAGCACCUUCGUGUACAACAGCAUGGGAAUCAUCAACCAGCAGGCCAUGGACCAACUGCACUAUGUGACAGAGCUGACACAUCGAAUCCGAUCAAAAUCCUCACCUAAUGAGAAUGAGAAUAAGGAUUCAGCUGACUUUGUGAGCUUCUUCCCAGACUUCGUGUGGACACUGAGAGAUUUCUCCCUGGACUUAUUAGCAGAAGGACAACCCAUCACAGGAGAUAAGUACCUGACAUACUCCCUGAGGCUGAAGCAAGGCACCAGUUAA